AUGAUACCAGUACUUACAACAGUGCAACAAGUAUUUAAAAAGUUGAUUACAAGAGAAGAAGGAUGUUUGCGAUUAAUGAAUAUUGGUAUGAAGCUUCAAGGCACUCAAAAUGUUAUUGUGAAAUUUUUAAAAAACACGUUGGAUUCUUUUCCUCUCAAUGACUUGGGUGAGAUUAUUAAAGAGGUUGACGACUUAAAAAGUAGAUACAUUUUACCAGUGCUGCAGUCAUUAUUUGAUGAUUUGUAUAUUGAAAAUAUGGUGUUUUUCAAGAUUACAAAUGAAAAUAAUGCAGAAUGUAAACAGAAGGUGUUUGAUGUUUCUCACCGACGGCCAAAUGGUCAAUUCCGACAAAAGUCUGAACGUAAAAACCUUGUCAUAAUUGGAUACAUGGAAGCCAAGUCUGAAUCAGAAAGUAAGAAUCAUGAAGCUUGUAUGGCAAGACUUAGUUCGCCUUGCCAUCUUUGGCAAAAAUGCAAUAGAUAUUUACGAUCUGAAAAGCACGUUAUUGAUUCAAGCAAUUGGGCCAAGCUUUACUUUUUAUUUAUUACAAAAGAAAAAUGA